CAAUCAAAAAAUGACAAUUUUGAACUUGGAGCACUUUCCCGAUGUGUGCCGUAUAUGUGUUCAACCAAAAGCGAGCGAGGAGCUAAUAUCUAUCAAAUCAAGUACCGUGGAGAAUGUGGACCGAACUAUUCUGGAGCUGCUUGAUGAUAUAACCACCGGGAUCCCGAAGGAUGUUUCAGAGAAACUUCCAAAUGCAAUGUGUUCUGCAUGCUUUGCCGUUUUCGAAUUUGUCGUUCAAUACCAACAGAAAAUCAGAUUGCUUACCAAGUUUCUAAUGGCAUGGGCUCAAUUCAAAGCGGGAAAUAUCGUAGCAAUUGUGGAUUUGUUCGAAAGCGACGGUGCUAAGCUUAUUAAAGUAAUUAAAGAGUUGGGCUUGUGUAAAAAAGAGACAGUACAAGUAGAGGACCUUUUGAAGGAAUUUCGCUCAAAGAAAACUGAUGAUGAUGAUACGUAUGGAACGAAAUCGACAACUAGAGGUGUCAAGUACGAAUAUACGGAAUAUUACAAUGUAGAAUACAUAGAUGAAGAUAUUGAACCGAAAAUUCAAGAAUCUCCUGAGGAUAAGCACUGUGACGACCCUAUUGUUGAGUUUUUAAUUGAUAUUGAUGGAGAUAAUAAUGUAACAGACAACGCAGGUGUCAAAAAUAUAACGCCAGUCGAUAUAGUUGCAAAGCCGAAGCCUAAGGUUAGGAUGCUGCAGUGUACUUAUUGCGUUUAUCGAACAACUUCGAAGGAUAUGUUCCAGAAUCAUAUAGAGAGGCACGAACAUCCGGAUGAUGAUAAUCCUUGGAAGUGCUCGUAUUCUAACUGUAGUGAGGCAUAUCCAACCAAAGAAGAUCUGUUACAGCAUAAGAGAGAAAUUCAUUCUAAAUACGUUUGCGGUAUUUGUGGAACGAUUCUAAAGCAUAAGUAUACGUUGGAAGUACAUCUUCGACGGCAUGCAGGGGAUAGUAAAUAUCCGUGCCAAUACUGUUCGACAUCGUAUUUUACUGCGAAUGAACUUAAGCUGCAUUUGUCGGUCAUGCAUUUAGCUGUUGCAGAUGUCCAGUGUAAUACAUGUGGGUUGACAUUCAAAAAUAAAAAAUCUUUGAGAUUACACGAAAAAGUCCACUCAAAUCAGAGGAGUUUUCCAUGUGACGAAUGUAGUAUGGCUUUCAAAACGUCUGCCCAUCAGCGACGGCAUCACAACACUGUCCAUCGGGCUAUAAAGUUCAAUUGUACAUUGUGUAGUGUAAGCUAUGGUCGUAAGGAUAAACUGCGAAUGCACAUGGAAAAGACGCACAAGAUUCAGACGUACUUUCCCUGUCAUAUCUGUCUAAAGUCCUUUUCAGCAGCAGAUGACUUGGAAGAGCAUAUGGAGCAUCAUAGGAAUCCGAAACACUUGGAGUGUGGAACAUGCCUUGCAGCAUUUAUGGAGCAGACUGAUUUCAACGAGCAUCUUUGUAUAACCUAUCGCGACGAUUACGUCUGUUGCAAUAGAGAUUUUAAGUUUCAUUUGCAGUUUAACAAGCAUAUGUUUCUGGCACACGGACUUAGAACUAACGUGCGAGUUAAACCAGUAGCCGACCAACUGCUUGGGGCAUCUAGAGCCUCCCGAAAGUCCAUAGAACGUUGCCCAAAAUGUGGCCAGUCAUUUCCUACGAGAAAGAAAAAGAAAGAGCAUACAGCCCUAUGUGAGAUGGAUCAGGAUACGAGCUUAUCCAAUUUGCAGACGCAAUGUCUUGAGUUUCGCGAAAGCAUAAAGGAUCCCCUUUCUUUUUCAAAUGUAUAAUCUGUU